AUGGACCAUAAAAUGUCAGAUCUCACCGGUACUUCCUCGACCAUGAGAUUAGUUGAACAAACAACCUUCAAUCUCGUGAAAUCUCCUAGAUCUGGAGGCGGAAAUCAUAAAUCUAGAGGCAAAAAUCAUAGAUCUGGAGCCGAAGCUCGUAGAUCUGGAGGUUGUGGUUUAUCGAUAGUAGGAGACAGGAACGAGGGAGACAACGGUGAUUGUAGGGGCGUGGCGGCGGUGACAAUGGAUGUCCAGAUGCGAAAGUGGUGGCAAUGGCGUGUCAUCGACAAUAGGAAGAAGAAGCUCUAA